UGGGGCCCUCGUGACUGCCCCGCCCACUCCCGAGGAAGGCUCCAGCGCUUCUGGGGGUCUAGAGGAGGACUGGAGGAAGAUGUCCCGCGAGAAAAAGCUGCUGCCGCAGGCCCGACUCCCCGCGCUGUGGAGCCUGGCCCUGGCCUGGGCGCUGCUGCUGAGCCGGCCCCGCCCCAGCCUCGCCGCCUUCCCCUCCACCCCGGCUCCAGCCGAGCCCUGCCCGUGCGAAGACCCCACGCUCUGUCUCCCCGUGCGCGGCCGCCGCGACUUCGAGGUUUUUGUGUUUGAUGUUGGAGGAAAAGCUUGGAAGUCUUAUGAUUGGUCUCAGAUCACAACAGUAGCAACUUUUGGAAAGUAUGAUCCUGAACUUUUAUGUUUUGCCCAUUCAAAAGGAUCUAGAGUAGUGCUAAAAGGAGAUGUUCCCUUAAAGAAUAUCAUUGAGCCUAUUUUCAGAGAAGCCUGGAUAGAGGAACAUCUUAAAUUGGCCAAAAAACAACACAUGGAUGGAAUUAAUAUAGACAUAGAACAAGACGUUGAAGAGUCAUCUCCUGAAUAUUAUGCCUUGACAGCUUUAGUUAAAGAAACCACAGAAGCCUUCCAUCGGGAAAUUGAGGGAUCACAGGUCACUUUUGAUGUCGCCUGGUCUCCAAAGUGCAUAGACAAGAGGUGCUAUGAUUACAAAGGAAUUGCAGAUUCUUGUGAUUUCCUCUUUGUGAUGUCUUAUGAUGAACAAAGUCAGAUAUGGACAGAGUGUAUUGCAGCAGCGAAUGCUCCCUAUAACCAGACCUUAAUGGGAUAUGAAAGCUAUCUCAAGAUGAACAUUGACCCUAAGAAACUUGUAAUGGGUGUUCCCUGGUAUGGCUAUGAUUAUCGUUGUCUGAAUUUAUCCGAGGAUCAUGUCUGUACACUUCCCAAAGUGCCUUUCCGUGGGGCGCCAUGUAGUGAUGCUGCAGGCCGCCAGGUAACCUAUAAAACCAUCAUGCAUCAAGUGAAUAGUUCCAUUUCUGGAAGCCAGUGGAAUAGCCAACAGCAGGCCCCUUAUUAUAACUACAAGGGUCCUGAUGGCUAUUUUCACCAAGUAUGGUACGACAACCCAAAGAGCAUUUCUUUAAAGGCCGAAUUUGUAAGGGAUCAUGGUUUAAGGGGUAUUGGGAUGUGGAAUGGGAACUGUCUUGACUACUCUGGAGAUGAAGUAGCCAAACAACAAACUGAAGACAUGUGGAAUGCCUUAAAGGUAAAUGGGACUAAUAAUUAAAAAAUGCUGCUCAAAGUAUAUACAACUGAAGUAAUUCUGUUUAUAGUUGUAUAACUUAUUUCUUGAAAAGAUAAAUAUAUUCAUUACAUUCUCUUUCCAAAUUAUACUAUUCUGUUCUGAAGCAUUUUGAUAUUUGGUAUACUAAUAGAAAUUGAAUUGUCAUAUUAAUGCUUUUAAGUUGAAUUUCAAACAUAUAUUUUGAUCAUUUAAGAAACACAAAAGUUGAGAGAUGAGUCUAUCUUUCAGUAUGAAAUAAUCUUCUUUAUUUUAUAAGAUGUUUUAUCUGUCACUUAAUAAACCAUAUUUUCAUAA